AAUUUGACGACCGAUAUCAGCUGGAGAUAAGAUAAAGAGACUCGUUCCUUUUUGCCGUCGGGAGAAGUGGACCUUUUAGUUUGUUGUUGUGGCGACCAUGAAGAUACUUGUGCUUUUAAAGUUGGCAACUGUUUUGACAGUUAUUUCGGCUGAUUUUCUCAACAAGAACAAUGCAGAAGACGAUGUGUUUGACGUCAAUUUAGAAAAUGAAGAACAAGCCAACAACAAGCGGUUCACUCCUGACUGGGAAAGCUUGGACACUCGAGAAAUACCGUCCUGGUUUGAUUAUGCCAAAUUCGGGAUUUUUAUUCACUGGGGAGUUUUCUCUGUCCCCUCGUUUGGCGAAUGGUUUUGGUACAAUUGGAAGGAGAAAAGUCCUCCUUUCGUGGAGUUUAUGGAGAAGAACUAUCCGCCCGGUUUCACUUAUGCGAAUUUCGCCCAACAAUUCCGCGCCGAAUUUUUCGAUCCGAAUCACUGGGCUGAAAUACUCAAGAGUUCAGGGGCCAAAUACGUCGUCCUGACAAGCAAGCACCACGAAGGGUUCACUCUUUGGCCGUCAAAGUAUUCCUGGAACUGGAAUGCCAUGGAUGUUGGACCCAAACGAGAUCUCGUCGGUGAAUUGGCCGAAGCCAUUAGAGAGAAAACGAACAUGCAUUUCGGUCUGUAUCACAGUUUGUACGAAUGGUAUCACCCCCUUUACCUUCAAGAUAAAGCCAACAAUUUCGAGACGCAAGAUUUUGUCAGGUUGAAAACGAUGCCCGAACUGUACGAAUUGGUAAACACUUAUAAACCGGACGUCAUUUGGUCGGAUGGCGACUGGGAAGCCAGCGAGAAAUACUGGGACACACUCAACUUCCUGGCCUGGCUUUACAACGACAGUCCAGUACGUCACACGGUGGUCGUGAAUGAUCGGUGGGGACAUGGCGUUGGGUGUAAACACGGCGAUUUCGUGAAUUGUCAAGACAGAUACAAUCCAGGUGUUUUGCAGACGCGUAAAUGGGAGAACGCCAUGACGAUCGACAAAGAAGCCUGGGCCUUCCGACGUAACGCCCGCCUUUCCGACUUUCUAACGACUCGGGAGUUGAUCGAGACGCUUGUGACCACCGUCAGUUGCGGAGGAAAUUUAUUGAUGAAUAUCGGGCCCACGGCGGACGGCGUGAUUCGUCCAAUAUUCGAAGAGCGUCUGCGCGACGUCGGGUCGUGGUUGCAAGUCAACGGCGAAGCUAUUUUCGGAACUCGUCCGUGGACACUCCAAAAUGAUACUCUAACCAGCAAUGUUUGGUACACCAGUAAGAGAAUUUUCAUAUGGAAGUACGUGUACGGAAUAACUCUACGAUGGCCGGAAAACAACACCCUAAUGAUCGGAGCUCCAGUUCCAUUGACUGAUGGAUCUGUCGUCACUUUGCUGGGAUACAAAGAUCCAUUAAAAUGGAGUAUUUUUAAAGGCGUCCUAUCAAUCCAAUUUCCUGAAAUGAAUAAAGUCGAGAGCCAGUGGGGAUGGACAGUGAAAUUCGCCAUAUAAUAAUAAUUGACUACUUACUAAUUGUUAAAAAAUUGUUUCGCAUAAACAUGUUGCUGGUAGAACCACAAUUGGUUCUGAUGAUUUUGUUUGGUUUGAAAUUUAAUUGACUUAUUUUUUCCAGUACUACACUGUUUCUAUGUGUGUAUGUGAUUUUAUGACUGCGAGUUGGAGCAGAGGAUCUUGUUUCACUUUCAGACGGUAGUAAAAACGAAGAGGAGCUCUGCUGUAUCCACGCAACCCCCCUGCGCGAAAAGAGGAUUAGUCUCUCCGAUCAACUGCGUUGGAGGUCUUGGUUUAUUGUCUGUAUUUUCCCAACACUUUGGGUGAAAUUAAAUUCUAUGCAAUAUUA